CUCUAUGGCUAUUGCUCAUUCCAUCCCAAACUAAAAGAGGGGAAACAGAAACUAUAUCCUAACUAUAUCCGAAAGUACUCGCUUUCUGUUUGUACUGUCCACUAUGUUACAGUAAAUGUUUAACACCACCAGUUUGGGCGCUGUAGUGCUGCUUUUGUGUCAUCACUGUGUUCAGUGAUCUAAGUCUAAAGAAGAAAUCCCGAUUAUCGACUGUUACUGUGCUAGAGAGAAAUGUUCUGUCUCUGUUGUUUGAUGUCUUGAUACCUCCUUUGGACUUUAUAACAAGAUCUUCGGAACCACCUUUUUUACUGUGGCUACCAUGACAACAGAGGCAAGUGCAGUGAGCGAGGCAGACACUGAGGGCAAGCAGAAGGCCAGCAGUGCCGAACCCGAACCAGAGAACAAGCAGAAGCCAGUGGUAGCAGUGUCCGAGCCGGAGGAGAAGCAGUCGAGCAAGAAGGCCCAGGAGCGUGCCUCUGAGCCUGGGCCUGCUGAAGUAGCUACCUCCCCUGAGGAGGAGCAGCUGAAGCCUCGUACCCGGACCUCUGCUGGCAAAGGCCUGUCUCGCCUCUUCUCCUCUUUCCUCAAACGUCGCUCGCAGUGCUCCGAGGGAGAGGGGUUUGAGGCAGAGAAAGCCGGGGAGGAAAAGGCAGACAAAGAGGAAAAAGCUGACAAGGCAGAAAAGGAGAAGGAGGAAGACGUGAUAAGUGAAGAGAAGAAGGCUAAGGUAGAAGAGGUCAAAUCUGAGGUAAAAGAAGUGAAAAAGAAAGAAGAGAAAGUAGAACAAAAAGAGGAGAAAAAGAAAGAGGAAGAAAAAGUUGAGAAGAAGGGCAGUAAAAAGAAAAAGAAAGAAGCUAAGAAGAAAGCAGAGAAAAAGGAUGAGGAGAAAGUGAAACAGGACGAGGAGAAAAAGGAAGAGGAAAAGGUGAAAAAGGAAGAGGAGCAAAAGGAGGAGGAGAAACCACAGCAGACUGUAGAAAAGGGGGAGGAAAAAUUGGAGACAAAAGAAGAAGAAAAGAAGGAGACUGCUGAAGCUAAAGACAAGGGGGCAGAAGCCGGAAAGAAAGAGAGUAAAGAGGAGGAAAACGUUGACAAGAGGGUUGCAAAGAAAAAAGAAAAGGAGGAAAAGGUAAAGAAGAAGGAGGAGGAAAAAGCAAAGAGGAAAGCAGAGGAAGAAGAAAGGGUAAAGAAGAGAGAAGAAGAGAAAGCAAAGAAGAAAGAAGAAGAAAAGGCACGAGAGGCCGAAAAGGCAAAGAAGAAAGAAGAGGAAAAAGCCAAAAAGAAGGAAGAGGAGAAGACGAAACCGAAAGAAGAGGAGAAGGGGAAAGAAGAGGUAAAGAAGAAAGAGAAGGAAAAGGAGGAAGAAAAGACAGAAGAAAAGCAAAACAAGGAAGAGGAAAAAGGGAAGAAAAAAGAGAAGGGGAAGCACAAAGGAAAGAAGGAGGAGAAGGAAGUGAAAGGGCCAAGUGAGGAGCAGGUGAAAGCACCGAUUGCUGCUCCAGAGCCUGAGCUUAAAACUGAGCCAGACACUGAACAGGCUCCUGAUCAGCAGUCGAUAAGCAGCGGAGAGACGCAGCCACCUCAAGAGGAAGACAAGGAAGAAGCUGCGAUAGAGAAGGAGCCUGAAGUAGUGGAAGAAGCGAAGGAGGACACCGAGAAGAAAGAGGAAGAACCAGCAGAACAGGAGAAAGAAGCCAAAGGAGAGGAGAAGGCAAAGGAGGAGGUGAAGAAGAAGCCUGAGAAAGAAAAGAAGACCGAGAAGAAGGCAGAAGAGGCUAAAGGCUCCAAACGUCAGAAAACUAUGCAAUGCAAAGUCACCUUACUGGACGACACUCUGUUUGAGUGUGAGCUUGAUAAACAUGCUAAAGCCCAAGAACUUUUAACAAAGGUGUGUGACCACGUCAACCUGCUGGAGAAAGAUUAUUUUGGCUUGGCUCACUGGGAAACACCAACCAACAAGACGUGGUUGGAAGCCACCAAAGAGAUCCGGAAACAGGUUUCAGGGGCUGUGUAUGAGUUUACAUUCAACGUGAAGUUCUACCCUCCUGAUCCAGCGCAGCUUACUGAAGACCUCACCAGGUACUUUCUGUGUGUCCAGCUGAGGAAGGACAUUAUGUCUGGUGUUCUUCCCUGUUCCUUUGUCACACUGUCCCUGCUGGGCUCCUACGCAGCCCAGUCAGAGCUUGGAGAGUAUGACCCAGAGCUGCAUGGAACAGACUAUGUUAAGGAUCUGAGCCUGGCCCCCGGACAGAGCAAGGAGCUGGAGGAAAAGGUGAUGGAGCUGCACCGCACAUACAGGUCAAUGAGUCCAGCCCAAGCAGACAUGUUGUUUCUGGAAAAUGCCAAGAAACUCGCCAUGUAUGGAGUUGACCUGCACCAAGCCAAGGAUCUUGAUGGGGUCGACAUUACACUGGGGGUUUGCUCUAGUGGUCUGAUGGUUUACAAGGACAAGCUGAGGAUCAACCGUUUUCCUUGGCCCAAAGUGCUUAAGAUCUCUUACAAACGCAGCAGCUUCUUUAUCAAAAUCAGGCCAUCAGAGCAAGAGCAGUAUGAAAGCACAAUUGGCUUUAAACUGCCGAACUACAAAGCCUCGAAGAAGCUGUGGAAAGUUUGUGUUGAACACCAUACCUUCUUCAGGGUUCCAACAGUAGAGCCCCCCUCAUCACGUCGCUUCCUCGUCUUGGGCUCGAAGUUCCGGUACAGCGGACGUACUCAGGCCCAGACCCGCCAGGCCAGCUCCAUGAUUGACCGCCCAGCCCCUCGCUUCACACGCUCUGCGAGCAAGAGGCUGUCCCGUAACCUAGAUGGAGCUGGAGAUGAAACUCUCCAGCUCCUGCAACAACUCUCAGCAUCAACCAGGUCUGAGUUUGAUGAUUGGUCGCUGAUGCUGGCAUCUGACAAACCCCAGCCUUCUCCUGAAUUCUCAGCCAGAGGGAAGUCUGAGCAGACUUUCAUUCAGUCCUGGGAGGAGGGGCAGUCUGUUCACACAGACGCAGUACCCUGGCAGGACACUGAGACUGGGUCGACUUGCUCUCAAACCAUCACCCAGACAGCCAGUCAGCCGUGGCAAAAGCUGGCAUCUGAUGAGCAGAGCAGAAAGGAAGAUGAGUGGUCCACCCUGCUCCAUCGUCAUCCUCCUUUUCCCUUUGUCCCAGCUUUUGAUUAUGUGAAACAGCCAGCUAAGCUCAGCUUGGCAAAAAUUAGCUCUAUGGACAGGCUAUUGCAACCAGCACCAACACAGCAAGAUGAUUGGUUCCUUUACUUUGACCGAGUCUUCAGCCUAUCCUCGCUUGAGUGUGUUGACAAGCCAUCCUCUCCUCUAGCUCAGUUCCAGCUCCAGGAGAAGGAUGAGCAGGGCAUGCAUGUGGCAGAGCAGGAACUGCCCAGAGAAAAGGUCAUUGAGAGGCUGCAGGAAACUGUGAUCUUGGUAGACAUGCUGAAAGAGGCGGAUUUUUUGGAAAAGAGGCUGAGGGAAGUGAAGGAUUUAGAGGAGAGGCUCCAAGAAGUGGGUGAAAUGGCAGAGAGACUUCAGGAAGUAAUAGAAGAGGAACUGGGUAAGGAAGAGCUAGAUAAGUUAAGAGAGGAAGAGGGAGAUUUGGAGCAGGAAGAACGAAUACAAGUUGAAGGUAUAAUAGAAACAGUGCUGAAGAAAUCUGUGAGGAGAAUAGAGGCAAAAGAGGAUGAAGUGGAUGAACUGGAAGAGCAGAUUAAGCAGGUGUUUUUAAAAGGCUUGUUGCCGGAAGAGGAAGAGGCCGAGGUGAUGCAGGAGAGCGAAAAAGAGGUGACAGACGAGAGUCUGCUAGAUGAUAGCUUGAGAGAGAAGCUUAGCCAGAUAGAAAAGGAAUGGCAAGACGAGGUGAAGGAGAAGAUGUCAGAUGUCACCAGUGCCAGUUCUGUAAUACCAUACCAGAAGGUUGAGCGUAGGACUAAGAAGAGAGUGACUAUUGCAGAAGAGAGAGGGCAGAAGCAAGAAGAAAUGGAAGAUGUGCAGGUACAAGCUGGUGUAAUGUCAGAGGAGAGGCUAGGUAAAGAGGGGACAUGGCGUAAGACAGAAAUACUGGAGAACAUAACCGGGAGAAAAGAGAGGCUUCGGGCUGAGGAUCCAUCUCAGGUGGCAAAUAAAGAUGUCUGGUUUACACUUUUUGACCGCCCUCCAUACAAAGCUGUUUCCAAACCACCAGAUUCAGUGGAAAGCUGGUUAAUGGAGAAGUUAACAGUUACCACUGUGGAACGUGCUCAGGUGGAUGAAGGCUUGUAUUUCACCUCCACAACUGAGAUUACAACAGUUGAGGAGAAAACAGAGAUUAUAGUAGAAGACAGAAAAAUAAGAGAAGAGGAAGUAUGGCGUGUACCAGAGAUCCCACCACCACAGACCAUCACAGAAAGAGAUGAUGACUGGUUUGUGUUGCUGGAUGUUAUUCCUCGCGAAAUGCCUUAUGUACCACCAGUUACGUUGAAAGGAAGAGACCCAGUGGAUGCAGAAACUUUGGUCACUGUGGUUGGAACUGCAGUCGAUGAGGAGAUUAGAGAAGUAGUAGCUGAAGAGAGAAAGAUAACAGAAGAGGCACCAAGACAUCUACAAGAAAUCCCACAACAGCCAGUGACAGAAAGAGAUGACUGGUUUGUGUUGCUGGAUGUUGUUUCCAGAGAAACAUCAUAUGUACCACCAGUUGCUGUUGCAGAGCGUGUAGAAGUGUCUCCAGAAGAAUGUGUCUCACCGGUUGAAGUAACAACUGUUGAGCAGAGAGAAAGAAGAGUGGAGGUUGUGGUAGAAGACACAGAAAUAAAAGAAGUGCUGAGUGAAAAGCAAGUAGUAGCACUGCCACAGGCUGUGAGAGAGAUAGAAGAUGACUGGUUUGUGCUGCUGGAUGUUCCCACUAGAAAACCAUUAUUUGUGCCACCAGUUACUGUGGCUGAGUGCGUUCAGGUUUAUCCUGAAGAAAGCAUUUCUACUGUUGCCCAAACAAUAACAGUAGAGUCCAGGAAGGAGGUUGUAUUUGAAGAGACUGUGGUGCAGAAGGAGGACAAGAAGCUUCCCAAGCAAAUUAUUCCAGAGCAGAAAAUAUCCCAGCCAGUCAGAGAAAUCAGAGAAAGAGAUGAUGACUGUUUUCUUCUGCUGGAUGUUGUUCCCAGAGAAACUGCCUAUGUGCCUCCAGUUGCUGUGGUUGAGCGUAUUGUGGAUGUGGCAGCCACUGAACCAAAACCAAAAUUCAUCCUGGAAGACGUGAGGCCACCUGUGAAGUCGGUGGAGAUUAAACCACCACAUCCAAGACAAGUGGAUGAUGACUGGUUUGUGCUGCUAGAUGUUGCAGAAAAAGCACAAGUGGCUGUGGACGAACGUAUCCAUGUGCAUCCUGAAGUGAGACCAGCUAAAGAGUUUGCUGCCAUAGAGCAGAGAGCACAGCAGAGAAUUACUAUAGUGGAGGAGAUGUGGCAGCAGGAGAAGGCGGUACAGCAGAAACCGCGUCCAGCAGUGAGAGAGGUGGAAGAUGAUUGGUUUAUUCUUCUGGAUGUGGCCACUAAGAAAUCAGUCACUGUCCCUGAGCGCAUCCAGUUCCCAGCAGAGGUGAGAGCUCCAACUGCUGUGGCCAAAACAAGGAUUGCUAUUUCCGAGAGGAGACCACAGUUUGAGAAACGGAUCCAGGAGGAAAGAAGUCUGCUCACAGAUAUACAUGUCAAUGAUGAUUGGUUUGUUCUACUAGAUGUUGGCCUCAAAGAGUCAGUGGUGAGCACACAGAGGGGCACUCGUCCUGUCAGUGCUCCGGUCUUCUCCCAGGCUGCUCUGGCAGAGGCAGGGAUCCCCAUGGCCCCUUUCGAUCAGCCCCAGACCUCCACUCCGAUCAAGACCGGCCGCAAAGAGGAAAAAAAGCUGGAGGUCACUGUAGAAGCUGUGGAGCCCUCAAAAAUCGAGGCUGUGGCUGAGGUCAAGCCAGCAGUGUGGAGGGACCAGAGAGAAGUAGACUCUUCACUGAUAUCCACCGUCAAUGGGGACAUUCAGCACGAGUCUGAGGUGAUGAGCACGGAGGUGGUGCGAAUGCGAAAGAAAAGAGCUAAGAAAAUUGAGGGUGACUCAAUUUAUAUCAGACAUAGCCUUUUAAUGUUGGAGGAGUACAAUAAGCCUCAGGAGGACUUGCUCAAGCAUCAUGCCAGUAUCAGUGAGCUGAAGAGGAACUUCAUGGAAUCCGUCCCAGAGCAGAGGCCCAGUGAGUGGGACAAGCGCCUGUCCACACACUCUCCGUUCCGCACCCUGGGUAUCAAUGGUCAGCCUCUGCCUAGUGCAGAUGGGAGUGUGUGCAUUAGUCUCCUUUGCAAUGGUUCAGAGACAAAGGCUGCACAUGAGGAAACCAGCAGCAAUUUGGGAUUUUCAGGCAUACCAAGUCCCACUGUGAGCCACAGGAGUGAGCCUGAUAGUGUCGAAGCCCACGGUGCUCCAGUUGAGGAAGAGUCAUGUGAUGAGGAGGAGGUUGUAGUUUUUGAGACCCCCUUGGUGCCAAUCGUAGAGGUGGAGAUGGCGCAGCUGCCUCCCUCCCUCGACCCCUGCUGUAAAGCUUUAGAUGAGACCCUGGAGGAAGAAGGAUUGUAUCCUGAAGUGUCGGAGUGCUCUGGGAGGAUAGUUGGAUCUUCCCCAGCUUCCUACUUCAGGAGCGAUGGUCCACAGGUCAUACGCUGCUUCCAGCCCCCUCUGGUGCAGACCCAGACAGUCACCAUCACAGCUGUCUCCAACUCCAUACCAAGUGGCAUCUCCACCACAGAGGUCCCUGUCGUCCCGACCAAGACCUUCAUCUAUGAGUCUUCAAAGGUGACAGAUGAUGGGACAGAUGACAAAGAUAGCUCAACUGUGUCCAGCUCCAAGACCGUUACCUCAGAGGCCACCAGUGGCACCACAGUAACCACCACUACCACUCACAUCUCAAAGGUAGUGAAAGGCGGAUCUUCGGAGACUCGUGUGGAGAAGAGAAUCGUCAUAACUGCAGACUCUGACAUUGACCAAGAUAAGGAGAAAGUUGGUGGAGCAUCAGCAUUGUAACUGAAUCACCAGCUGCAUUUACUCCUUUGACUCUCCACCUCCGACAUCCCUUCGACAGAUUGCAGCACUCAACACACAGUGACCAGCUCUCUCUGCGCACACAUAUCCAAAAAGAAAUAUCUGCACCUAAAAUUAUGGAUAACAGAGUAGAAAAAUCUUAUUAGAUCCUCUUUGUUUUAUUUUCUUUUUUUUUUCCAGUUGUGCUGUUCAUUGUAGGUAGAGGAGGGCUGCACAGUGCUCCCGUUUGCUUAUCUCAUCCAGGUGUUAAAAAAAGCUUGGUGACUACACUUUCAUGGGUUAAAAAAACAGCAUUUUCAGUUGAGUGAUCUCAGUUAUGUUUGCUUUUAAAUGCUUUUAUUUUCCUCGUGGUUUUUACAUUGUUGAUUUUAUAUAAAUGCACUGUUUCCAUUCUAGUUUAGACACCAUUAUCAGCAUUUAUUCCCCUUGGUGCUGCUAGGGGAACGUUAAGACUACAUUCAAGGGAACGUUUUUUGUUGUUGUUUACUUGUCUAUUUAAUUCAGGAGCGACAUUUUAAAAAAAAAUGAAAUGACAUACCUCGCAUCAAUAAGUGAACAAAGAUGUUCUGUGCUCAAAUUUGGAUAGUUGUUUGGCUUUGUUCACUGCUCAGGUACAAAAACAAAAACAUCAAAUAUUUUCUUCCCUAACCAGCCAAGAACCAGUAGCCUACACAUUAUUGUAAAGUUUGGAUUAAAAAUUGAUCUAUUUUGAAAUAUUUGUCUAUUUUAUAGAAUUAAUGCUUUUAUAGUAUUUGUACAAAUUUAAGGUUUUUAAGUUAUUCAUAUCCAUCUGCUCAUUAAAUGGUAGGUUACCAUUGUGCUGUUGACUGAAUUUUGAGGUUUCUAUUUAAGACCUGCUUACCUAUCUUGCCUGAUACCCUGAAUCAUUCUUAUUCGUUUCCUCUUGUAGUCCACCAAGUUUAUCAAACCUUUCACAAUUUACAUAUGACAAUGGAGUGUUUUCCUCAGCCCUGUUUUGUUCAGUAGCAUAGAAGACAUAAUUGCUUUGACUAUAUUUGGUUGAUAAGAAAAGUUAUACAAGCUUUGGUCUGUUUAUCUCAGGUUUUGAUAUUCUUUGUAAGACUGCAGACCUCCAUAUGAUUGUAUGAGGAAUGUCCAUAUAUGUAUAUCCAUCCCUUCUUUAAAUGUACAUUUAUGUUCAGCCAAGUGAGGUCAAUAAAUACAAAGCUUGUCUGUCACAGUAACCACACAUGUAAAAGGUGAAGGCAGCUGUCCCAAUAUAUGUGGCUUUUCUCUCAUAGGAGCACAAGUUGUCUUUUUUUUUUGCAUGUUCUACUAUACAGUAAUUUAUUUGUAAAGUAGGAACUCUCAUGUGAUUUGAUGUACUGUGAUGUUUCAGCACAAGCUGUUUUCCAGGCUUCCAUUAGAGAUGUCACAAUGUUAAAUAUUGCAUUCAUAAUCAACCAAGUUUGUAAAGCCUUUUUACCAAGUAGUCUAAGUAGAUUGCUCUCUCACUUGCUGUGUCCUGUACUUUUCCUUAGAAGAGAACAUGUUUAAAAUAUAGACAAAUCCCUUUUAGAUAGCAUGUUUGUUAGCACUUUUUUAACCCAUAAAGAAGCCAUUGGUAUUGUAGCUACACAGGAAACAGAAACCUCUCCUAGAAUAAAAUGUAGAAUUUCACUUGAAGAAAAUAGUUUUUAGACAAUGGAAAAUAUUGUUGCUUUGUGACUUAUCCCUGUCUUUUUAAGAAAAAAUAAAAUAUGCAUUAUUUUGCA